AUGAAGCUGCAGCGCGCCCUGACUUUCCUCGACAAUGUCACCACCAAGACGGAGGCUGUCCCCAUGCGCCGGUACGCUGGCAGCACUGGCCGCUGCGCUCAGGGCAAGCAGUGGGGUGUCAGCAAGGCCCGCUGGCCCCAGAAGUCCGCCAAGUUCCUCAUCGACCUCCUGAAGAACGCCGAGGCCAACGCCGACACCAAGGGCCUUGACACCGGCAACCUUAUCGUCAAGCACAUCCAGGUCAACCAGGCUCCCAAGGGCCGCCGCCGCACCUACCGUGCCCACGGUCGUAUCAACCCCUACAUGACCAACCCUUGCCACAUCGAGCUGAUCCUCACUGAGGGUGAGGAGGUCGUCCAGAAGGGUCCCCACGUUGUGAAGCGCGAACAGCACCUCAGCUCCCGCCAGCGCGGUGCCCAGAUCCGCGCUGCCCUCACUGAGGCUUAA